CGGAGCCGCAGACCUUGUAUACUGACAUCGAUUGUCAUAUCAGUAAUUAGGGAGACUAGACCUCCGGUAAACUUUGGACAAACGACAAACGACCCAUAUUAUCUACUCAUGUCUCAACCAAUUAUACUAUACGAUAUCCCAGGCAAAGGGCCCGUAAAAGCCUUUUCUGGCAACGUAUUCAAAGCAAGGUACACACUUGCCUACAAAGGCUUAGCCUUCAAAUCCGUCUGGAUCGAAUCACAGGAUAUCGAAGAGCGGAUGAAAGCCAUCGGUGCCAAACCUACUGGGCGUAAACCUGACGGAAGCGAUUUCUACACUGUCCCUGUUAUCCAGGACCCUUCUACAGGUGCCAUUGUCUCCGACUCUUCCGCCAUCGCAGAAUACCUCGACGAAACGUAUCCAUCCACACCCACCGUCUUUCCCCGUGGUAGCAAAGCUCUCAUCAGCGUCUUUGAUUCCGCUUUCAUGCAGAGUAUGGGCCCGAUGGUCCCGUUGAUAGUUGUCAAAAACUACACGAAGAUAUUACCCACAAAUGAGGAAUACUUCAGGAAAAGUGUCGAGAUGAGAGUUGGUAGUAAGUUGGAGGAUAUUUCACCCGAAGGUCCGAAGCGUGAACAACACUGGAAGAAUGCAAAGGAUUUUCUUGGGGUCGUUGACGCAUGGUAUUCGAAGAGCGAGGGUAAAUGGAUCAUGGGGGAUACGUUUUCGUACGCGGAUAUCAUUGUGGGUGCCGUGAUGAGGUGCUUUAAUGGUUUGUUCGAAGGGGAGGAAUGGGAGGAAAUGAGUUCUUGGCACGGCGGACGCUGGGGUAGACUUCUCGAAGAGGUCAACAAGUAUUCUAUUCUGGCCUAACGCAUGAACGGUGAGAUUCCGUGACUAGCCAAAUAUCUACCAUGCUUUCAAGGACUCACUUGUGUACUGUGCUCGCUGCAUUUUCAGCGGCUAAGGAGGAUAAGACAGACGAAUAUUUGUUAUAUGAGGCCUGGAACAUUGUUCUUUCUUGACUCGCUUUUAGACGAAGUUCUGCAAACCACAGGCUGUGUCGCACCUGAGUACCAGUUUGAUUAUAUUUAUUCACCUAGAUGUUCCGGGUA